AUGAAAAUAAAUCUGUUGUUAGUUGUAGCAAUAACAACGUUAGUGGCAAUCCUAUCAAUAUUCCUGAGGAGUCCAACUGAUCUCUUUGGACCACCCACCAUUCCAACAUCUCAUGACAAUCUUCAGUCUGCAAAGAUUCUUCAUGUCAAUGGGGCUGUAGGACCAGAGAGCUUGGUUUUUGACCCCAAUGGAGAAGGACCCUAUACUGGUGUUGCUGAUGGCAGAAUUCUCAAAUGGGUUGGAGGAGAUGAUGGUAUUGGAAGCUGGAUUGAUUUUGCUACCACCACUUCUAAUAGAAAUGAGUGCGUUCGCCCAUUUGCACCUGAAAUGGAACAUGUCUGUGGACGGCCAUUAGGACUAAGGUUUGAUAAGAAAACUGGAAAUCUCUACAUUGCUGAUGCCUACUUGGGUCUUCACGCUGUUGGUCCAACUGGAGGUUUAGCCACACCAGUUGUCACUGAAUUUGAAGGCCAACCCUUGCGUUUCACCAAUGAUUUGGAUAUUGAUGAUCAGGAAGAUAUGAUUUACUUCACAGAUACAAGCACAGUCUUCCAAAGAAGACAAUUUAUGUUAUCACUCUUGAGCAUAGACAAGACAGGUAGGUUACUGAAAUAUGAUCAAUCAAGCAAAGAAGUAUCAGUCUUAGCUCGAGGCCUUGCUUUUUCCAAUGGUGUAGCAUUGAGCAACGACCGCACCUUUUUGCUAGUAGCCGAAACCACCACUUGUCGGAUUUUAAGGUUUUGGCUUCAUGGCCCUAAUGCUGGAAAGUCUGAUGUUUUUGCUGAGCUUCCAGGAUUCCCCGACAAUAUCCGAAGGAAUAAGAAAGGGGAGUUUUGGGUAGCUUUGCAUGCUAAAAAGGGACUUUUUGCGAAGUUGGUGCUUUCAAAUUCAUGGAUUGGGAAAACGUUGUUAAAACUUCCACUCAGCUUUAAGCAACUGCACUCACUGUUAGUAGGAGGAAAGGCACAUGCUACUGCUAUAAAGCUGAGCGAAGAAGGAAAAAUUGUGGAAGUUUUAGAAGACUGCGAAGGAAAAACGUUGAAGUUUAUUAGCGAAGUGGAGGAGAAGGAUGGGAAGCUCUACAUUGGUUCAGUACUAAUGCCUUUUCUUGGCACUUACAAUUUGUAA